UUCGUUCCCAAGAUACCCCACUGUCCACCUACCGAUCCUUCAAGCUCUUACGUCUAGAAAUGGCGAACAUGACAGAUCGCGGGCAGCAGAAACAUCAUUUUAUUCCCCGGUUUAUCCUGCGACAGUUCGCCCCGAGGGAGCAGCCACCAGCCGGCCCGGCCGCAUCCCCCAGCGCAGCCUCGCGCUGUCGCGACUUUCUCGUGAACAAAGUCGACCUGCAGAUUCCAGCGCUCACCCAGCGUCCGGUGUCGACGGAGUUCGCCCUUGUGGACAUGUACCGCGACCCGGGGUUCGACGAGAACCCGAACCACCUGGAAGAGAAGCUCUCGAGGGUCGAGGGUCGCGCGAGCGAGAUCAUCGACAAAGCGCGUCGGACCUUCGCCGCCCGGGGCUCGAUUCUCACGCUGCAACGGAUCGAAGUCGACACCCUGCGCAAGUUUCUCUUCCUCAUGAAGUAUCGGAACACGGGGAUGUUCGACCGGUACAACCACGACGAUGCCCGCAGCUACCAGGCCGACGACCGCGCGCGUAUGUUGCGGUACAUGCAGACCAAAGGAUUCACGGCGCCGCGUGACGUGUGGUUCGACAACCUGCGGCAGAUCCUGGACCUGGAGCUGGAUGACCCGAGGAGAAGCUGGCGCGAGACGCUGCGCCGCCGGAUCUACCCGGACGACGCGGCCAUGUUCGAGCAUCAUCUCCUGCACAGCUUCAUGGCGUUCGGGGAGCCGGACGACCCCCCGGAGGAGUUUCUGCUGACCGAGAACGCGUUUGGGAUCUUCGAGGGGCCGUGCUCGACGACCGUGGACCCGCAGAGCGGGCUUCGGGAGGUGAGUGUGUACACCGAGUUCCACACUUUCGCACCGCUCGCGCCUCGACUCGCGAUCAUCCUGCGGAGCCACCUGCUGCCGUUCCCGGGCGAUCAGGGGCUCGCGCAAUCCCUACGCGCCAGCCUGGUAGAAGCACAGCGCGCGGCCCACCACCAGCCGGACGAGCAUCGAGCGAUAUCUGGCAGAUGAGGACCCUCGCUUGAAACAAGUGCUGGACGUGCCGGGCGACCGACGGCGCGCAUACCUCGGCGCACUGCAGAAAGUCCUCACCGAUCUGGGCGGCUCGGCCCGGUGUCGCAUCCACCCGUUCGACCUCGCGGCGGCGCGAGUCCGGGUCCAUAUGGCCAUGAAUGUGGGGUUGCUGGUUGGGGUCCAACUGCUGGAGAGCCUGCCGCCGCGAUGCCUGCCGCCCGUGUAUCGUCGGCUCAGACCAGACGCCACCCUGGAGACGUUCUGGUACGACCUAGAUCAGGCCAGACGACUCAUGGUGCUGAGAACAAAGAUUGAUCGGGCGAUCUCGACCUCCAAGCUCACAGAG